AUGACAAAUUUACAUAUUAGAGAAGAUACUUGUUUACAAGGUAAUCAUUAUAAUGGUGAACAUUUCAUUGCGAGAAUUACUUCGAUACCAGUAUUAUUUAUCGUAUCUGCAUUGGGUUCAUUUUUUCCGUUAGUCGCAUUACAUUGUAAAUUCAUACGAUUGCCAAGUUGGCUAUUUUUUGUUACUAGAUAUUUUGGUAGCGGUGUUAUUAUAGCUACUGGUUUUAUACAUUUAAUGGCAGAGUCAUCACAAAGCUUAAAUAAUGAGUGCUUAGGUGGUGUAUUCAACAGAUAUCCAAUGACUGAAGGUAUUUGCUUAAUGUCGGUAUUUUUCAUAUUUUUUUUUGAUAUAAUAGCUCAUAAGAAGGUUCAUGAAAGAGCAAAGUUAAAAGAUAAAUCUAUACAGGAAGAAACUAUUGAAGUGGAUAGUAAAGAUGAAGUUUUAAGUGAUAAAGUAUCACAAGAUUCAACAUUAGAAUCACAACCGAAACCAAUAAAUCAUCGAAAUUCUGAGAAUAUUUAUCAACAAAUUUUAAAUUGUGUUGUUUUAGAAUGUGGUAUUGUUUUACAUUCGGUAUUUGUUGGUUUAUCUUUAACUAUUGCUGGUGAUGAAUUUGUUACUUUAUAUAUUGCAAUUGGUUUUCAUCAAUUUUUUGAAGGUUUAGGAUUGGGUUCAAGAUUUGCAACUACUUAUUGGCCAAAGGGAAAAGGUCAUGUACCUUGGUUAAUGUGUUUAGCUUAUAGUUUAACAACUCCAACUGCUGCUGGUAUAGGUUUAGGAGUACGAAAUUCUUAUCCAGUUGGUUCACGAACUUCAUUAAUUACCACUGGUGUUUUUGACGCUUUAUGCGCUGGUGUUUUAAUUUAUAAUAGUAUUGCUGAAUUAAUGGCUUAUGAUUUUAUGUAUUCAAAUGAAUUUGCUGAUAAAAGUAUGAAGACUUUAUUAUCAGGAUUUUUCUUUCUAAGUUUUGGAGCUUUUGCAAUGGCAUUAAUUGGGAGAUGGGCAUAA